AUGUUGUUUUGUUGCUGCAGACCGCAGAGUGCGGAGGGCGAGUGGAGGGACAUUUAUGGCGACCCAGUGCGUCCACGUCGAAGCGGGUAUGAGCGCCCCUUAGAUGCGCUGCAGGUCAGCGCGUGGACCGCGAUCGCAGUGCUUUCGAUUUUGCACUACAUGCUGCAGAUCCCUUUCUUCGUCGGCGCACAGUUUAUCGCCGUACUCGUCAUCUCUUCUGUGCUUGUGGCGUUAGUAGUCUGUACGAAGGUGGCGCUGGAGCUGUACCCUCAGCAAGACCCCGCCGUCUUCCGCACUGACCUCCCCCGCCUUACCCAGGAUGAGCUCGUGCCGGAGUCAGCGGAGCCCAGCACAGAGCCGUGCGUCUUUUGUCGGCGAUUUGUGCAAGUAGGCUGCAAGCACUGCAGCGUGUGCGACAAGUGCGUACCAGGGUUUGAUCAUCACUGUCGCUGGCUGAACAGUUGCGUCGGCGCCAAGAACUACCGGCUCUUCGCAACUUUUAUGGUGGUCGCCUGGGUUGCGAUGGCGUGGGUGGCGGCGAUAAGUCUGUACAUCAUUCAGCUGAUGCUGCGCGACACUGACUCCUUCAAGCGCCACAUGCGCACACACGCCUACCGUAGCCCCCCUCAAGCCUUCCCGGCUCUCGUCUUCUUCAAUUUUGUGUGCUUGCUCAUCGCUGUGGUCGGCAUCGGUUCCCUCGGUAAGCUCAUCUGCUUCCACGUCUACCUCGACAUCACCCACCAGUCCACGUACGAGCACAUUGUGAAGAGGCGCGAGAAGAAGCGGGCGCUCGGCGAGUACCGCAGGCAGAGCGGCGAGCCGGAGGCAAAGGGUUUGUUCUCUUGCUUCGAGCUGCGCAAGCGGCGGAACUUUAAGAAACACAGCGGCAAUCGCACUAAUCAGCAGGUGAACGAGAUGGGCGGCGACGAGGGUAGGGAGGCCGAUUCCCCGAUGCCGCCGUCGCAGCGGAUGCGUAAUGAUGCUUCUGUCGCCAGCACCGGGAGCAAGGACAGCUCUGGAGGGUCGCUGCAUGCCAGGGUGCAGGACGUCUCCUCGGUAUCGAGGGGAGAGGGCUUUAGCAGGUCAGCAGCGCACUCGCCGGCGAGGCGGCGGAAAUACUUCCCAGUGUCGGAGAGCGGUGAAGAGCAUUCUUCCGCCCACCUCUCUGACAGCAUCUCUUCCCGCCCCUACGAGCCGGUGCAAUAG